CAAUAUUUUACUCAUUAUUGUCAUUUGAUUUAUAAAGGAACGAAAUAUAAUUAUGCACAUAAUAACAACUAUAAAUAUGGCUCAUAUUUUAUAGAUAUGAAAAGAUUAAACUCUAGGCAAAAUACGCUAGAUUUAGCCUUUGAAGACCAAUUUGUCGAUUAUAAUAAUGAAAUAAAUGAUAAAUUAAAAAAUCACGAAAGGAUAUUUAGAAGAAACAGUUCUUGUCCAUCUUUGGCUAAAGAUGAUGACUUAUUUUCACAUCCACAAUCUGGAAUUAGUCAAAAAAUUAAAUCAUCCAAUAAAAGUGAUUUCUAUUUGAAAACUAAAACAGGAUUACCUAAUAGGGAUGUAAUUCUUAAACUUCAUAUGUCACAAUGCCAACAAGAUUAUACCAAAGAGAAAGAAUUUAAAGUCUAUAUUGGCUCAUGGAAUGUUAAUGGCCAGUCUGUGAGUGAAGAUUUGUUUCCUUGGUUAGGGGAUUAUCCAGAAGAUUCACCUAGGCCUGCAGACAUAGUUGCUAUUGGAUUUCAAGAAUUAGAUUUAAGGACCGAAGCAUAUAUAUUUUAUGAGAGCCAUAAAGAGGCAGAAUGGUUAAAUGCAUGUGAUUCCUGUCUUAGAAAAGUUGUUCAGAAAUACAAUAAAUACUAUGGUAAUAAAUGGGACACCUUGUCACAAGCUUAUAGAAAUCAUUACAUCAGCCCCAUAAAAUAUAACGCGAAAAAAUCAUCCUUAAAACCUUCGACCUCUUUCAAUUCCGACUUGGUGGGGUUAAACCUUAAAGGUGAAAAUAGCAAUCCCUCUUAUUCCAAAUAUUACGGCAAGCAUAACGAUAAUGACAAGCUAAGCGAUAGUUAUGAGGCAUUAACCUUAGCCAACACCGAUUCCGCUCAGCCACACUCUAAAUCCCAUACCCGAGCCCUCCACCCAGGUAUAGAAGUCAAAGACGAAGAAAUCGAAGAAAUUACUCCAUUUUCCCCUUACGUUAAACUUCAUUUGGUCAGAUUGGUUGGAAUGAUGUUGGUAAUAUUCGUUAAAAAGGAUAUUCUACCUUUUAUUAGCGAUAUAGCUAGUGAGACGUUAGGAACUGGGCUACUCGGAAAGAUGGGAAAUAAAGGUGGUGUAGCUAUACGAUUCAAUUUGCAUGGCGUACCCAUGUGCUUUGUUAAUACUCACUUUGCUGCUCACGCUGAAGAAUUGGAGAGAAGGAACCAAGAUUUUCAAGAUAUAUGCACUAAAAUCCAAUUCAGUCAAUGUGCCUACAUAGGAAUAUUAGACCAUGACUAUAUCUUCUGGUUUGGGGACUUGAAUUACAGAUUGGACGUCGCCAACCAAGAAAACGCCAAAUUACAUUUAACUAACAAUAAACUCCAUGAUCUCAUGAAAUUCGAUCAAUUGACAAAACAAAAGAACAGUGGCAAAAUAUUUCCCGGUUUUCAAGAAGGGCCGAUCACGUUUCCUCCUACCUACAAAUACGAUCCAGGCACAGAUAACUUUGAUUCUAGCGAAAAGGCUAGAGUACCAUCAUGGUGCGAUAGAAUUCUCUGGAAAUCGGCUAGCUCCGAAAAAGUCAACCUCCUACUUUAUAGAAGUCAUCUCGCUUUGCGUUUAAGCGAUCAUAAACCCGUUAGCGCUCUAUUCAAUACUAAAGUUCACGUUAUUGACCAAAAUAAAUUCAAAAAAGCUUACGAAUUCGCUAUGAAAAAUAUCGACCGUAUCGAGAAUGAUUAUUUGCCACAAGCCAGUGUCGAUAAAUUGGAAAUUAAUUUUGGAAACGUCUAUUUUAUGGAGCACAUAAUCAAAAAGGUUACACUGACCAAUAUAGGACAAGUUCCUAUACAAUUUCAAUUUAUCAAAAAGCCGGGCUUCAAAAGCUAUUGCAAAUCUUGGCUCUGUAUUAAACCCUUCAAAUAUCUCGGUUCUAAUUUCGUCCAACCCGGUGAAAAUUGUAUUAUCGAAUUGAGUUGCUACGUGAACAAAUCUCAUGCUCCUUUACUGAACUCAGGGGCCGAUAGAAUGGAAGACAUACUUAUAUUACAUUUAGAGCACGGAAAAGAUUUUUUUUUAUCCAUAUUAGGCAACUACGUUAAAAGUUGUUUCGGAGCCUCAUUAGAAGAAUUAAUCGAAAAGGGAGUUCACCCAUAUCGAAAAGCUAUCGAAAAGCCUUUGAUCGAUUUGUUUGACGACGGCUCAAAAAAACACGAUCUCACUACAGAUAUCGAUUCGGGUUCAGCCUUUUUGCUAAAACUGAGCAACGAGGCCAAAAAAAAUGUCAAAAACUUAAUAUCAUUCUCGUUGAUAGACUUGAAUUGUCAUGUUUCUGUUGAAAUAUGGAUCUUGGUAUCUCAAAUAUUGGAGAAAGGCCUUAACGAACCCGAGCUCUUCCAAAAACCUGGUCUGAUGAAAGAAAUUUGCGUCAUUAGGGAUUCAUUAGAUUUAGGAACCCCAGCUAUUAAAAAAUGUAGCGUUCAUUCUGUAUGCGACGCCCUCAUAAUAUUUCUCGAAUCUCUCAAAAGUCCCAUUUUCCCUAUCGGUCUUUACGACACCUUAUUUCUUUCGAUUAUCCAAACACCAAGUCAUAAUUCCUCACCAACUAAUAAAUCUUCAACAAAUAAUUCCUCAUUAACUAGUAGUAAACCUUUGCCAAAUAAUCUGUCAAACAAGUCAAAUCUCGGACUUCAUUUGCACUUACGCCAUCACCAUCAUAGACAUACAUCUAAAAACGAUGGAUCGUUUGAUAACAAGGUUAACGCGAGCGGGCACAUUAGUGUCAGUAGCAACAGGAUGAAUAGGGAACAUUUGAGUGAUAUACCCAUGGCGGGAGAGAUUCUGGAUAAAAUGCCUAUCAUAAAUCGGGAUACGUGCAAAUUCAUUUUAGCCUUCCUACAAUGUCUUUUAGAUUUUUCGGCAUACAACGGAGUCAAUUAUGAUCUCCUUAGUUCAAUAUUCAGUAGAGUCCUCAUUAGAAACGAAGCGACUUUAGCUCUCAGCCCAUCCUCAAAAUCGGUUUCUCGGAACAUUAAAACAAUAAAAGAAAUGUCCAUUCAAGAUCAAUACGUGUUAGAUAAAAAACGCAAGGCAUUUUUCACAGAACUCUUAAUGAAUACAUGAAAUUUUUAUAAAUUUCAUCUAUAUUAUUUAAAAACGUCACAUUUUAUUAGAGAAAAUAUAAUAUAUAAAAUUAUUACGUGUUUAAUAUACAUACAGUAUAAUAAAGGAAACAUAAAAUAUUUUUUAUUUAGUAUUAUGCUUGCCUCUUUUAGGAGACUACAAGAUUCUAGUUAAAAUUUCAUUAAAUGUUUGACUUGUAAUAAAUUUUGAUAAAUUGUGUUUAUAUUUUAUUUAUUGUGUUAAAAUAAACU